GGACCUCGGGUAGUAGCUAAUGUGCCGUUUUUUUUUUUCUCCGAUAAUAAGCCUUUAUUGCAAAUAUUAGCAUUAUAUUAAGUGCAGGUUAAAAUAAAGGUCGUUUUCUGCAGUGGAGCAAGUUGAGCCAGAAGUCAACCCCACGCCUCCCCUCAGGGAAGUGGGCGUUAGCUGUCCAGGUUUAAGGUAUCAGAUUUUGAAGAAAGUUGCUGAAACUGGUCACAAAGAUGGGAACUAGGGUCUCUAAACCCGAGAAGAUGUCCAUUGGUGCCGAUGGAGAGGAUCCCGGUGGCAGUGAUGACACUUUGCGCUGCCCUUUCUGUGCCAACAUUUUUCAUUUCCCGAUUACGCUGCAGUGUGACCACAAAUUCUGCUUGAAGUGUGUGGGGAAAUUCUGGGACACUAAUGAGGAUCCCCAUUGUCCACGGUGUAGGAAGAAGUGCACAGACAUGAAGUUCUCUGUUAAUCCUAAACCCGAGAAGAUGUCCAUUGGUGUCGAUGGAGAGGAUCCCAGUUACAGUGAUGACACUUUGCGCUGCCCCCUCUGUGCCAACAUUUUUCAGGUCCCGGUUAUGCUGGAGUGUGGCCACAACUUCUGCUUGAAGUGUGUGGGGAAAUUCUGGGACAGUAAUGAGGAUUCCUAUUGUCCACGGUGUAAGAAAAAGUGCCCAGACAUGAAGUGCCCUGCUGAUCCUAAACUCGAGAGGAUGUUAAUUGAUGUCGAUGGAGAGGAUCCCAGUUACAGUGAUGACACUUUGCGCUGCCCUUUCUGUGCCAACAUUUUUCAGAUCCCGGUUAUGCUGGAGUGUGGCCACAACUUCUGCUUGAAGUGUGUGGGGAAAUUCUGGGACACUGAUGAGGAUCCCCAUUGUCCACGGUGUAAGAAAAAGUGCCCAGACAUGAAGUUCUCCCUUAAUCCGAUAAUGCGGGAAGCGGUUUUAUUACAUUACUUAAAGCACACUCCUUCUCAGUAUUCUGAAUCCUCGCAUCUCCUUCUGUGCGAGUUAUCAUGUGACCUAGAGGCAACAACUCGUCAUUCAAGCAAUCUGUUUACUUGCAACUUUGUUCUCGGUGUUCACUGCGUCUUUGUUGCUUAA